UGUGUGUUACAUCUUUUCAUGUCAGUUUGGGAUCUCAGGGCUUCCAAAUACUUGGAUCGAACCAGACGAGCUGAAUGGAGCCAUUUUGUGCUUCCCCACCUGUAACAUUUUAAAACAAGUCCCCAUCCACACUUACUCCUGCUGUUGAGGAGAAUGCUGCAGAAUGUGUUUUGUUCACAUCAAAACUUCACUACAUGUUCAUAUUUUUGUGGGGUGAACUCAUCCUUUAAUCUUAAAAUGGAACUUUUCCCAACAUGUUCGACAUUUUCUACUGUUGAAACAUUAUUAAUCAUAGAGGCCUUCAGGGGCUGUGCCAUCCAUGAAUUUAACCACGUGGGUGAACGAACUGCUCUGAUCCGGAGAAAGAGAUAGUAAAGAGAAAGUAAAGAAGAAAGUAAAGAGAAAGUAAAGAGAAAGUGGGGACUUCUCUUCCGGUCAGCAGGUGGAGGAUUUCGGGAAUCCGUUGUGAGCCCGCUGUUUGUGCGGAAAGACGCGCCCCCCGUGCGUAAAGAAAAAAAAAAGGAGGCAGGACGCCGCUGCGCUGCGCUCAGCUCGUCCUCUGCUGCUCACCUGAAAUAGCGCAGUGUGCACACAGACAGACAGGCAGGCAGACAGACUGUCGAGCAGGUACACAGAGGCGUGGAGCCGGAAGAGCGAGCAGGUUGACUUGUCCCGAUUGUAGUUUUUUCCACAGUCACUCCAGGCGCUUCUUAGAAAACACAUCUGCUCCUGUGCGCAUUUUUUUUUUAAACGUUCCUUUAUGAAAGUGAAGCGGGAACGGAGGAAACAUGACAGAGCAAGGGAAGAAGCUGAUCCUGAUCGUGGUGGAUAUUCUGUGCGUCUUUGUCGCGGCCCUGCCCUCAGCCAUCCUGACGCUCAUGUUCAGUCCGUACCAGAGAGGCAUCUACUGCGACGAUGAGAGCAUCAACUACCCCUACAGGAGAGACACCAUCUCCCACGGAAGCAUGGCCGCCGUCACCAUCACCUGCUCCAUCGUCAUCAUCACCACGGGGGAGGCUUACCUCGUGCACACCAAGCGUCUGCACUCCAACUCCCAGUUCAACCAGUACCUGUCAGCCCUUUACAAGGUGGUGGGAACCUUCCUGUUCGGGGGAGCCGUCAGCCAAUCGCUGACCGACCUGGCCAAGUUCACCAUAGGUCGCCCCCGUCCGAACUUCUUAGCCGUGUGCGCUCCGGUCAGCUGCACCGGGUACGUGCUGCACAUCAACUGCACCGGCAACCCUCGCAACGUGACUGAAUCCAGGUUGUCGUUCUACUCCGGCCACUCGUCCUUCGGGAUGUACUCCAUGCUCUUUCUGUCGCUCUACGUCCAGGCCCGGAUGCAGGGGAAGUGGACCCGACUGGUGCGGCCGACCAUCCAGUUCUUCCUGGUGGCGUUCGCGGUGUAUGUCGGAUACACCCGCGUGUCGGACUACAAGCAUCACCCGACCGACGUGAUGGUGGGGCUGCUGCAGGGAGCUCUCAUCGCCGUUAUCACUGUCCGGUACGUGUCCGACUUCUUCAAGCAGCGCCCCCCUCCCUGCACGCGGCCGGACACGGCGGAGGUGGAACACCUGGAACGCAAACCGAGUCCGCAGCCCCCCGACUCGCAGCAGAGGAACCACUACAGCUACCCCGGACCCGUAUGAGCUCCUCGCAGCAGCAGCAGCUACUCUUACUAACCUGCAGCUACAACUCUCUACCAGCAGCUCCGUUACCAAAGGACCUGUGACUUGUACAGAAUUAAACUAACGCAGUGACCACUACCUGGAGAUCCAGACUCCGCCUGCUCCACUCAGAGACAACUUCCCAACUUUUUUUUUUUUUUUUUUAAAGCUAUAAAGACUUCCCCAAAAACUGUUGGAACAGAAGAUCCGUCUGUGUGUCUCUUUAGUCGGGGUGUGUGUGUGUUUUUUUUAAAUGAACAUAUGUGAUUUGUAGUGUUUUUCUGUUUUGUAAGUGUUCAAUGAUAUAUUUUCGUUUUUUUUUUUUUUAUUCCAAAAAAGGUUUUAGUCUCAUUCAACACGCCGUGUGAGUCAAACUAAAAAGUGCCGCUGCAGGCUGCUAGAGAGUAUGUAUCUGUAAAUUUAAAAAAAAAAAACAAACCACCCACCAAAGAUUUCAUUCUGUUCUCAGGUGGCGUGACAAAACUUGAGGCUGAAUGACGUUAACUUUGUUGCUUUUUGCCAUCAGAUAAGAUGUUUUUUGUUUUUACCCACACUGGAGCUAGAUUUUUGUCUCUGUAUUUUACCGUCUUUAGAAGAUAUGCAUGUAAUUAUUAUGGACUGCUUUAACUACAUUUAUGAUCAUGUAUAGUGCAUAGUAACAUUUUUAUUACGUUUUUAAAGCUACUGUAUCUAAUAAAUUGUGUAGCUUUUUAAAGAAUGUAUCACCACUACUUCUGCUGUGAUGCUGCAGUGCGACUUUUUGAGCUGGCAAACAAUCCGGAUGGUUUUUAUUCCCCUCGUGUGGAUGGAAACUACAAACAGAGACAUUUUGGGACACAUCCAACCCAUAAAUCUUAUUUUAUUUCAGUUUCUUGCUCGUGGAGCCACGAUGUCUCUUCAAGUUGAACUAAACACACCUUCAUGGACCUUCUUCCUCCCUCUUUAUAAACAAGUGUAACCUAUUGUUGAAGCUGCACAUCAUGUAAUCACGUCUAUCAGCCUGUCGGGUUGUGUUUUUUUUUGUGUGUGUUUUUUUUCCCAUAAAUAUUAGCCAGCAUGUCGUCUUUGAGUGUUUACUUUUAACAGCGAGGAAGAAAAAUGUAUUGGGGGGGGGUUUGUUGUGAAGCAAGGGAAUGUUUUUCGGUGUUCUUUGUUUUCAUUGGAGCAUUUCUGUGUCAUGUUCCUGUUGAACACACUGACGCAGGGUUCGUGUCUGGACCUGAAGGGAUUCCUCAGUGCCAAAGGAAUGGGGCUGUGACACAACGUAAGAGGCGGUUUAAAAGACUUCAGAGCGCUGUGAAUAUCUUUUCUCAAGUCAAAAGGUGUGAUCCUCCCCACGGUGGCUAUUAAGUUUUGCCACUUUAAGACAAUGGAGGUGAAUUGGCUUUAAUUUGUGGUGCUCACGUCAAUGAAAAAUCUUCCAGAGAAAGUGCGAUUACUGUGAAUAAUCCACUUGCAAGACCGACACUAGUAUGACAUCACCAUCAGUCAGCCAAAAUGUAGUAAAAGUACAGAAUUGCAUAAAAUGUCUGGCUGAUUAAGAAAAGAAUGCAGCUGUUAA